GUCCCUGUAGAGGGUAAUAAAUCUACCAGUGAAAAUCCUCCCUGGAACACACUUGGUGCAAAGCCAAAGAGAAGACCACCUCCCUGCGACAAGGGAGAAUGGAUAUCUGGCAGGACCCAGCGCCCCGAUAUCUCUGAUCUGACCGGCUGGCCUGCGCUACCAUCUUCAGCCAGGCAUACUGCGUCAUCAACUCCACUGCCACGUAGGACACAGCAGCGGACAGCUGAGAAGAGGAGAACUACCAAUAAACCUCCCCAGCAAGCAAGUGUCCAACUAAAGAACAGGUUUGCCCCACUGUUGAUGGACAAUGGAUCCCCCUCUGAUUGCCUGAAUAACCCACCAUCACCACGCAGAAGGGACAAGAGACAAGAGGAGCCACCGAGGAAGGAAGACACAACACAGCCUAUCAGGAACGUCGAAGGAGGACCGCCACUGCAAAAGGAGAACGUCGACCAUGAGAUACACCAGAGCAAAGAGGAGAGGUGUCUAUCCUCCUCUACCGCCCCUCCCUCCAUUCUGAAUGCAUGUGAAGAUCCCUCCCCCACAUCCCCCAAGCCAUCCACGUCUCCAUCUUUCUCCCUCCCUCAAGUAGACCUUUCUCCCCCCUUCUCCCCCUUGGAGUUCCGGGAGCUACCCCCACUCACGCCCCACCCUACUCAGAUUUUUACCCCCCUAGAUCAUCGCUCACCUCCACCACCCCCUCCACGAAGGCGUGCUCCACAACCCCCCAGCCAUACUUCACCUUUCUCACGCCAACCCCUUACACGCCCUCAACGUCCACCUUCAGUAGUUCGUCCCAGCUCUGACGCUGCUCACUCCCCCUCCCCCUUACGGCAAACCCCGCCUCGCCCUGACAGCAGUCCUGAAUAUUUCUGAUACAGAAAAGGGUUCAGCAGUAGACCACAUUAUCAGCUGGGCCCAAGGUUGCCUACAUCAAAUCAUGGCACCUUCUACAUCCCUGUUGUGACUACCAAGAGAGUAAACAUUGGGAAACUUAGCCACCCUGCUAACCUAAACAAUCUCAUUCCUAUUAUCUCCAAAUCAAAGCCAACAUCGAAGCCUGUCAAUAACACCAUCAGGAUGGGUCUGCUCAAUGUCAGGUCUCUGAAUAGCAAAUCAUUUUUAGUCAAUGAUUUUAUUAGCACUUCUAAACUUGACUUUAUGUUUUUAACUGAAACAUGGCUGGAACAAAAUAACAGUGCAAGCAUUCUGAUCGAGACAGCACCCCCCAACUAUAACUUCAUUGAUAUAUGUAGAUCGGGGAAAAGAGGUGGAGGGGUUGCUGCUAUAUUUAAAAACAUGUUUCAGGGGAAACAGAUGUCACUCGGUGAGUUUACAUCAUUUGAAUACCUGUGUGCUGUGUUGAAAUGCUCUCCCAAAAUUCUCUUGUUAAUUAUCUACAGGCCACCUAAAUAUUCUGCAAAUUUUUUUGAUGAUUUUACUGAACUAUUGUCUAGCAUCUCCACUGACUUUGACUGCCUGGUUAUAACUGGUGAUUUUAAUUUUCAUAUUGACGAUUUAAAUGACAAGGGCGCAAAAGAACUUUUUACUAUUUUAGACACAUUUGAACUGUCUCAACAUGUGAAAGAGGCUACACAUUAUAAGGGACACACCCUGGACCUGAUUAUCACAAAAGGUCUCAAUGUUUCUGAUGUUCUUGUGAUUGAUCCUUCAUUGUCUGAUCAUUUCUGUGUUUUCUUUAAUAUUUCUGUAAUUCCGGACACACAAACAGAAUCAAAGAAUGUCAAAAAGCGGUACAUAAAUGAACAUGCUAAUGUCCUCUUUAAAAACGCCAUCUCCUCACUACCACCUCUAAACCCAUGUCAUGCUGAUGAUCUUGUAAGCAACUUUAAUUCCAAAAUUGUGAAUAUCAUAGAUAUCAUUGCACCUGUUACAGUUAAAACGAUUUCUGGCAAGCAAAAGGCACCCUGGAGAAAAUCUGCUGCUGUAACAGCCCAGAGAAGAGAGUGCAGGAAGGCUGAACGAAUCUGGCGGAAUACAAAACUUCAUAUUCACCAUGACAUCUAUAAAGAGAGCCUCCAGGCCUACAAUUUAGUCUUAAAAAGUGCUAGAGAAACAUUCUUCUCCAAUAUCAUAAACAGCAACACAAAUAAGGCCAAAACCCUAUUCACAAUCGUUGACAGACUGACUAAACCCCCAACACAAAUACCAGCCGAACUCCAUUCCACGCAGAAAUGCAAUGACUUUGCAUUCUUUUAUACUGAUAAAAUUGAAGGCAUCAGACGCACCAUCAAUAUCUCAAGUAAAAAAGUUGGAUCACCACCCCAUUUAGGCAAAAGUAACACAGCAAUGAUGGCAAGCUUUAAUGCCAUAGACUCUAAAACUCUAGUGGAAACGGUGACAGCUCUAAAGUCAUCCACCUGCUGCCUUGAUGUUUUACCUACCAACUUCUUUAAGAAUGUUUUUGACUGCCUAUCAACAGACAUCUUGCAAAUAGUUAAUAAUUCUAUUAAAUCGGGCAAUUUCCCGAAGGCUUUCAAAACUGCAGUCAUUAAACCUCUUCUAAAAAAGCAGAGCCUAGAUGCCUCUGUUAUCAACAACUACAGACCAAUUUCAAAUCUACCAUUCAUAAGUAAAAUAAUUGAGAAAGUUGUCCUCCAACAACUAAAUCACUUCUUGGCUUCUACUGGCUGCCACAACAACUUCCAGUCAGGAUUUCGACCUCUUCAUAGCACAGAGACGGCCCUUCUUAAAGUUAUAAAUGACAUCCGUCUAAACACAGACUCUGGCAAAACUUCAGUAUUAAUGCUUUUGGACCUCAGUGCUGCAUUUGACACUGUCGACCACUCAAUACUUUUGGACAGGUUGGAAAACUGGGUGGGGAUCUCAGGCACAGUUUUAAGCUGGUUCAAGUCAUAUCUACAAGAUAGGAACUAUUUUGUUUCCAUUGGUGACUUUGUAUCAGAACCAACCAACGUAACGUGUGGAGUCCCCCAAGGUUCAAUCUUGGGGCCGACUUUAUUUAACAUCUAUAUGCUCCCACUAGGACAAAUCAUGCAAAAUAAUAACAUUGACCAUCAUUGCUAUGCCGAUGACACCCAAAUCUAUGUAGCGCUAUCACCAAAUGACUAUCGCCCCAUAGAUCUUCUGUGCCAGUGCAUUGAGCAAGUCAAACACUGGAUGUGCCAAAAUUUCCUACAACUAAAUGAAGAUAAAACUGAGAUAAUUGUUUUUGGUGCUAAAAAAGAAAGGUUUAAAGUCAUCCAACACCUUAAAUCACUGUCCCUGAAAACCUCAAAUAAAGCCAGAAAUCUUGGGGUUAUUUUAGAUUCUGAUUUACAUUUCGACAGUCACAUCAAAUCAGUAACAAAAUCGGCCUACUAUCACCUCAAAAAUGUAAAAAGACUUAGAGGGCUCAUGUCAGCUCAAGACUUAGAAAAACUUGUACAUGCCUUUAUUACCAGUAGGCUAGACUAUUGUAAUGGUCUCCUUGCAGGUCUUCCCAAAAAAACUGUCAGGCAGCUACAGCUUGUUCAGAACGCUGCUGCUAGAGUUCUAACAAAGACCAAAAAAUGUGAGCACAUUACACCAAUUCUUAAAUCCUUACAUUGGCUCCCUGUACAUCAGAGAAUAGAUUUCAAAAUCCUCCUGCUCACAUAUAAAUCACUACAUGGUCUAGGGCCCAAGUAUAUCACUGAUAUGCUCCCACUAUAUACGCCCUCUAGAUCACUAAGAUCUUCUGAGACCAAUCUGUUAGCGGUUCCAAGAGUAAACUCAAAUCAAGGGAGAUCAUCAUUCAGUCACUAUGCAACAAAUAGCUGGAAUAAACUUCCUGAAGAUGUCAGACUCUCCCCAACUCUCACUACUUUUAAAACUAGACUGAAGACUUUUAUGUUCACCUUAGCUUUCAGCUAAAUCUUUUAAUCUUUUAACUUUUAACGUCUGCACUGUUUUUAUUUUUAUUGUCUGCAUUUUAAUUUUGCUUUUAUUUUCUUUCAUUUCACUUUGUUGUCUGUGAAGCACUUUGAGUCUGCCUUGUGUAUGAAAAGCGCUAUACAAAUAAAGUUGCCUUGCCUUG